CACGAAACACCAUUCAGAAAAUUUGAAUGCCGGACGUGCUUCUAUUUUAUCGACGUAAAAUUUAAAUUGCAUAUUAUUAAAACAAAAGAACGGCAUGAAAGGAGUAGAGGCGCUGAUUAUUGCUAGAUUCCUGACCCUUCUCAGCCAUUUGGACGUGCUGAUCAGCUUAUUAUGGGAGAGCGAGAAGACGGUGCAGCAUUGUUUGCCGAUGGGGUACCACGAACAUGUUUUCCAGACAUACUACAGGCUGUUGCUAGCGGGCUACGCAUCGUCCUUUUUUCUCAUAAUUGUAGAGCUGAUGACAUUCCUGUCAGGACUUACAUUAACCUCAACUAAUGUCGCUUUCAUUUCUGUGAUCGGGCACGGGUCCGCGUCAGUUCUCCUCACGUACUGGCUGGUGCAAGGCUGGCCGUGCGACGUUUACUGGGUCAUUUUUGUCCUGUGCGUUUUGUUACCUUCGCUAGUGGACAUUUCUGCCGCCGCGCGCACGCUGUUUAAAAGAAUUUGAUGAUGAAGUGCUGGACUGCUUUUAUUAGAUUUAUAACCAACGAGCACCAGCAUUUGACGCAGUCCAACGAGUACAAGAGCCGAUGGUCGUUCUACCUGGUGCUGGCCGGCGUGGUGACCACCUUCGGAUCCUCGCUCCCGGUCGGGUAUAACAUUGGUGUAGUUAACACACCAGCGGAGGUAAUAACACAGUUCUGCAACGAGAGUGUGAUCAGUCGGUACGACGUGAUCCUCGAUAAGAGAUGGCUGGACCUGCUCUGGUCUUCCGUGGUGUCCAUCUUCAUCGUGGGAGGAUGCACAGGAUCUAUAAUGGGCGCAUUCUUCGCCGACAAACUUGGGCGAAAACGAGCCACGAUUGUGACAAGCGGCUUGUGGAUAAUCGGAGCGUUGUUGUUCUUGCUGUGUGAGAGAGCCAAUUCCGUCGAGAUGCUUAUACUGGGGCGGCUGGUGGUCGGACUUUCUGCUGGUUUGACCACGGCCAUAGUACCUAUGUACCUAACCGAGCUAGCCCCGCCAGAGUUGACGGGGGCCAUGGGGGUCGCGUGUCCGAUGGGGGUCAACGUGGGCGUACUCGUGGGCCAGGUUAUGGGCCUUAACUUUUUAUUGGGCCGUCCCGAAGACUGGACGUACUUGCUAUCCGUCUACGCGUUGCUAGUCAUAGUUAGUUUGCCGUUAUUAUGCAUGUUGCCAGAGAGUCCGAAGUAUUUGUACGUCGUGAAGAGAGAUGAGGAGACCGCAUUGAAAGAAUUAAGUCGCCUCCGCGGCGUAUCAGCCAGUGUACUGACGGAGGACAUAGACAUGCUCCGCGAGGAAGUGCAGGCCGCCGAGGCGUUGAGCGACCAGCAGUGGAGCAUGUGGCGAGUGGUCACCGACCCGCGCCUGCGCCUGCCGCUGCUGCUGGCUUGCUCCAUGCAGGCUGGCCAGCAGACCAGCGGCAUCAACGCGGUGUUCUACUACUCUACGACUAUAUUCAAGCAGGCCGGCUUGUCGGAAGCCAACGCGCAGUACGCGACGAUAGGGUGCGGGUUCAUCAACGUGUGCACGGCGAUCGUGAUGGUGAAGUUGUUGCCGGUGAAGGGCCGCCGCACGCUGUUACUGCCUUCGAUUCUCAGUGCGACCAUAUUGUUAGCUGCUUUGGCCGCUGCCAUGAAGUUUAUCAGCGUGGUAUCGUUCAUGCCGUACGUGUGCAUGGUGGCGGUGCUCUCGUACGUGCUGGUGUACGGGUUCGGUCUCGGGCCAAUACCUUACUUUAUAGCGUCAGAGUUGUUUGAAGUGGGUCCCCGUUCAGCGGGUAUGGCGUGGGGUUCGCUGGCCAACUGGGGGGGCAACUUCCUGGUGGGCAUGUGCUUCCCGCUCAUGCGCGAGAGCAUCGGCGCGUACUCCUUCCUCGUCUUCUCCGGGGUCACUGGCGCCCUCUAUGUGUUUCAGAGAUUCUAUUUCCCGGAGACGCGUGGUAAGACCCCGGCUCAGAUCACUGAGCUGUGCAGCAAAGGGUUCCGGUCAAGACCGCGCUCUAGCCACGAACUUAAAGUGUGAUGGCAAACGAAUUUAUAGCUGUAAGAACGCUCAAGUGGUUGGUGGAGGAUGGACAGUCCAAACUGACAUUACGGCUUGUUACCAGAUGAUAGGUUCAUUGGAUGUUUAUAUCACAAAAAAACAUUAAGAAUUAUCAGACUACACAUUAUAAAUCUCUCUCAACCCUAUUUAAAGCGUAAUGUAUAAUAAGAUUUAUAUCAAAAUCGAUUAAUCAUUAAAUAUACAUGUUGAUUCGUUCUGACGAGUCCAUCGUCCUUCGCAGCGAUAAAAAAAUCCUAAACAUCGACACAUAGACUGACAUAAAAAUUGCCAAAAUCGUGCCUAUGUUCUAACUAUUCGUUCUAGAACAUUCCGUCUCCACCAAUCAUGAUAGUUUAAAAACAUCCAUCCUAUAUCGAUCGUCUAGUCUGUAAUUUUAUACAUCACUCGAAAGACGUUAGAUUUUUUAGAAUUAUAUUAAUUUAUUACGUACCAAUGGAAUAAUUAGUUAAUAUUUUUAUUAGGUAACAUCGCAAAUUAUCGACUGCAUUUUUAUCGAUGUAUAUUUUUUUAUCGAUUACAUAUCGAUUGAGCGUGGGUUUUACGCCGUUAGUUUUUUUUUAAAAGGAGUAUGUUUCUGAUAUUGUUUUUGUAAUGUAUUCGAUAAUCAGCGAUGUGGUUUAAUAUUUAAUUAGCAGCAUUAAAUGGUGCUCUGGUAAUGUUAAGUUAGAAACAAAAUAAUUUGAAAUACACCCGAAUAAAAGAAGUUGAUAACAGUUAAUUCUACUAGAUUGGAC